AUGUGCUCUCGCCUCUCCUCCGUCCUCCGCCUCCGCUCGUACCUCCUCAGCCGUGUCCCCUCCUCCACCACCACCACAACAACCACCGCUCUCUUCCACAACUCUGCUAAAUCAAACCCCAUAAUCCUCACCUCCCUCUCAGAUCUCCAUUCUCUCUCCACACUCCGCUUCUUCUCCACCUCCCGCCGCCAUAACCCGACUCGACCCAAACCCGUAGACAUCGGAGCCCGAGCACGCCAACUCCAAACUCGCCGUCUCUGGGCCUACGCAUUAACCUUCAGUUGCAUAGCAGGUUUUAUCGUUAUAGUCCUUAACAGCUUUCAAGAUCAGUUAGUAUUCUACGUAACACCAAGUGAUGCUAUUGAGAAAUUCAAAAACAACCCAUCAAAGAGUAAGUUCCGAUUAGGUGGUUUAGUCCUUGAAGGUAGUGUAGUUCAUCCAUUAUCAAGUCCUGAAAUUGAAUUUGUUGUUACCGAUUUGAUUACCGAUAUUUUAGUUAAGUAUGAAGGGUCGUUGCCUGAUUUGUUUCGAGAAGGUCAUUCUGUUGUUGUUGAAGGGUUUAUGAAGGAAUGGAAUGAUGAGGCAAGGAAGCAAGUUGGGGGGAAGAAUGUUUCUGGGAAGGCGCGAAGAGGAGAGUGUUAUUUUAAGGCAAUUGAGGUCUUGGCUAAGCAUGAUGAGAAGUAUAUGCCUCAAGAAGUUGCAGCCGCGAUUGAGAAGAAUAAGAAGUUGAUUGAGGCUGGUCAUGCUGGUCAAGUUGGGGAAGAUGGAGAUGAGAAGAAGUGA